AUGUCGCACAUACUGUCCGGUUCGCCCGAAGCAGACGAUGAAAUGCCAUCGUUAAUGCAGCAGCACAGGGACAAGCUUGCUGCGUCACCGUCUUCGGACGUCAGUCCUCAAGCUUCGCCUGGCCCGAGCAAACCUGUUCCACAGCGCAAUCAAACGCUCUCGCCUCGGCCCGACACUUCCGCACAGGCACCCGCGCAUUCACACGCACAUUCGCACGGUCACGGCCGCGGCCACGCGCACAGUCACUCGCAUUCCCAUGCACAUUCGCAAUCGCCGAGCCAACAGCGUCAGUCAACCAUGCGCACCUGCUCAGGUGCGUCCACCUCGUCUCUGAACGUUCCGACCAAACCGCAUGAACGGUCGCCUUCACGAUCCAUGACACGUACACCUUCGCACGAAUACCGCGAAACGCUCAAUGCCAAAAGCAAAGAUCUCGACGACGGAUCUACCGUUAUUAACCAGUACAAGAUCACCGACACCAUCGGCAGAGGUGCUUACGGAACCGUUCGCAAAGCCGAACUUGUCGACGAUCCCGACGUCAAAUUCGCAGUCAAAGAGUUUGGCAAGACGCGGCUGCGCAAGACACACCGAGCCGACAAGCUGCGCAAACCGGCAAGAGGGAGAGCAGCAGCUCGUCCCGCCAAUCGCAGCGAUCCUGCUCAAGGAGGCAGCAAUCCUAAGCAAGAAGAGCAAGACGAGCUCAAAGACCCGCUCACUCACAUCCGUCACGAGAUCGCCAUCCUCAAGAAGCUCCACCAUCCACACGUGGUCAAGCUGUUCGAGGUACUCGACGACCCGUCCAAGGACAGCCUCUAUAUGGUGUUCGAGUACUGCCCCGACGGCACCGUCAUCGACGUCAAGCCCAGCCACUGUGUGCAGCCACUGCCCGAGGACAUUGUACGACUCUAUUUUGUUCAGAUCCUCAUGGGUAUCGAGUAUCUGCACGAGAAUGAGAUCGUUCACCGCGAUAUCAAGCCGGACAAUAUCCUGCUGAGCGACAACCGCAAGACUUGCAAGAUUGUCGAUUUUGGCGUCUCCGAGAUGUUCCUCAAGCCAGGAGACGACACGAUGCAAAAGUCGGCCGGCAGUCCCGCCUUCAUGAGUCCCGAGCUCUGUACUGCUGGCCAUGCCGAGUAUCACGGCAAGGCGGAUGACAUCUGGUCGUUUGGUGUAACGCUGUACUGCAUGGCGGUAGGCCACCUGCCCUUUGACAAGGACAACUUUUACGAGAUGUACGAGUCGAUCAAAAACGACGAGCCCGAAUAUCCUGACCACCUCUCCGACAAUCUCAAGGAUUUGAUGCAGAAGAUGUUUACCAAGGAUCCCGCACAGCGAAUCACGGUUCCGCAGAUGCGUGAGCACCCCUGGACGCUGGCCAUUGAAGAUGGCAUCCUGCUCUCAAAGGACGACAAUCUCGAGACGAUGGUGUCGGAAAUCACCGACGAGGAUCUGGACUGCGCCAUUUGCAAGAUCACCAAUAUCUUUACCUUUGCACGCGCCAUCUCUCGCUUCAAAAAGGGUGGUUCAAUGCAGCGAGCUCGUCGGGAAGCGACGCGGUCUACGUCGGGUGGGAGCAGUGCUGACCCUAAUGACCGCAGCUGGUUCCCACCCGCCACGCCCAGUCCAGACGAGGCCAAAACCAGCGGCGCUGCUGGUGAUGAGUCGAUGGAUCUCACGAGUGAUGCUGCGACCAUCAAGGAGCAGACGCCCACACCCACAUCGCAGGUCAAGGAGCACAAGGAUGGCGAGGGUAGCGGCGAGGUGGAGCAACUAGAGAAAGCGGCCGCCCAUAUGUUUGAAUCGCCUCAGAUGCACACGUUUGAGCUGCCUGCGGGAGAGCCCGACGGCAACGGUCCACUCCAGCGCACUCGGUCUGGUCCAAUUACAACUUUGCACAAGAUCGAGACGGGACAGGACGACAAUGGCCCACCGGUAAUCACGAUGGACUCACCGCGUAGCGCUUCGCCCGAGAUGUUUGCCUCACCGACCUCGGACGGUGUGUCGCCUUUUACUGAGGCCAUCACACGAUCACGGGAAUCUUCGAGCGUCAACACAAGCAGUCGAAGCACCGGUGAACGCUCGACUGAUUACACUACUGACUCGUCUAGACCGGACGAAGCGAUUGCGUCGCAUCUGUCGGACAUGAUGCUGGAGCAUGGAGAAGGCCAUCACGCCGUAUCGAGCGCCAGGGGACACAAGAACCAGGGUCAGCAGGAGGCAGUGCAACCCCGCCGCCGCAAGGACGAUGUCGACAGCAAGGACGACUCGGUACCACGACGUGCACAGACACUCGAGGAGCGCGCGGCUUCGUUGGGCAAGAAGCCGUCCAAACCCAAGCCAAAGCUGCUGCCGGACCAACCGACGUUUGCCAGCCCGCGACACGAGAACAUCCGAACGCCUCCUGAUGCUGCUGAGCUCUACAAGCAGUCUAAGGACGACAGUACUGGAGAGCAAGGGGUGGAGGACAAUGAGGGUGCGGAGGGGCAGGAGAAUCCUUAUUUUAGGAGUGCAGGUGCCAGUCGUCAGCAGCAGCAGCAGCAGGACAUGGAGGAGGAUGGCGACGAGGAGGAGGUCAAAGCUCAGACUAUGUGA